AUUUAUGGGCCACGGGCAUCCAAUAUUUCAGUUAUCAGUAUGUUAUCAUCUAUACUUUUACGUUUGGUUUUUCGAAAAUCGAGGAUUUGCUCGUUUCGUUCAAUAAUUAUUAAUUAUAAACAAUGUUAUGUUUCGUUCUAAGAAUCGUUCGUAGAAUCGGGUAAACGUUUUAGUAAUCGUUCGCAUGCACCGUAGACAGCGACAACUAUGGGAAAAGAACACAAAAAGCACAAAAAACACAAACAUUCAAAGAACAAACACAAACCCAAAGACGAUCACGAAUAUCACGUUCCGAUCGUUCCGCUCAAGAGCGACGUGCGUCCAAAAUCUGUGUCUGUGGCAACGCCGUCUGCGAGUGAGUUGAGAGACGCCGUGGCCAAACCCAUCGGGCCAGUCCUGCCACCCGGCCUGUCCAGCUCCGACGGUGGUAAACACGAGGCCAAUACACCAGGAACAGAGGCCGGUGAACUAAAUCACUCGUACGGACCUAGCUUACCACCACACCUGGUUCCGCAGAAACGCGCUCCAGGACCGUCGUUGCCCUUGGAUUUCAAAAUAGAAGAUACAGUAGCCGCCCAGAUUGAUGAAGACAUCUCGGGUUUUGGUCCAUUACCGGCCGAGCUGAUAACAUCAGACUCCGAGCAACUAUUCAUACAGAAACAAUUGGAUUUGCGAGCUGAAUAUAUGAAACGAAAAUUUGCCGGAGAAGUAUAUGACGACAACAAACAGGAAACGGUUCGAGAGAAAUGGAUGUUGGAGCUGCCACCAGAAAAAGCUGCCAACCUAGGUUUAGGGGCAAGGCAGUUCAGGAAACGAGAGGCUCCCGAUAUGAGUAACCGAUCAGAAUGGACUGACACGCCGACAGAUAAACAACGUAAAGUUCAAGAACCAAAAACUGCUGAAGAAACAGACAUGGAAGCAUUGAAACUGAUCGCAAUUCAAAAACGCGACGAGGAAAUGGAAAAACUGGCGGAAACUUCAGUAAAACGGAAACCUUAUUCAUUAUUAGAAAUGCACCAAGAAAAACUAAAAAAACAAAAAAAGGAAAAGAUUAAAGAAGAACCUGCAGAAAGAAGACCUUUUAGUAGGGAUAUUGAUCUGCAAUGUAACAAAUUCGAUAACGCUCAGAAACAAUCAAUAUUGAAAAAAGCCAGUCAACUGAAUAAUAGAUUUUCACAAGGCGAAUCUAGAUUUCUCUGAAUCAAUAUUAAAUCAAACUAGGUACUACUUGUUGGUAAUUGCUUAUCAUUAACAUCUAGGUAUGUUUAUUGAGUGUGCAUGUGAUUUUAUUCACUGAACUAUACAAAAUAUAUUCACACAUAAUAUGAAUGAGACUAAUAAAAAUGUAAUUUAAUUAUGAGACUUUAGUAGGUAGGUACCUAUUUAAAAUAAUUUUAUUUACAUAAUGACUAUUUUUUGAGAUAAUUUAAAUUAUUUAUUACAUUUUACCAUUCUCAAUGACAUUCAUUAGUAGAUAUUCAAAUAUUAUUCUCAUAUAUCUCACUAUUUAUAAAGUAAACUUUAGCAGUAAAAAAUAAUGAUAAGAAACAAUAAAGAAAUAAUGAUUCAAACACUUUCAAUGUGAAAACAUGUUAAGCAACGUGAAUACUUUUCCACUUUCAUCAUAUUUAUAAUUUUGUUAAUAAUAUCAAUCUCAUUAAAAUAAUCAUCUAAGUUUGUCAUCAGCUAGAUUGAGUGAUCUUUAAAUUAACAAAAUAGUUUCAUGACGGAUUAGUGAUUAUACUGCGAAUUAUACCCCGUUCAGUAGGUCCAGAGGCUUAUUUGGAGAGGAGUGAGCGUAUCCAUCUGGGUAUACAGGGGCAUCAUUACUUUAAAAAAUGUUAGGUUGCUACUAACAUAUAAAAAAAAUAGUACACACAUAUCGAGUUGCAUGAACAAUCUGUAAAAAUUUAACGGAUCAAUAGUGAGUUAAUGGCCUAAGAGCCAAGACUGAGCCGUUCAAUUUUAUUGAAUCAUUAAACUGCCUAAUACA